ACGACAGAUGCGAGUAACGAACAGAUGCGUGUAACGAAAUGAAUUUGUGAGUACCGAUUCGGUACUUCGAGUCAACCGAUGUACCCGUUACUCAGUAACGAAUACAUGCGGUUUGCUCCAGCUCUACAAGAUGGCCUUUUGAACAAACCAUGGAGCUAUUAAAAGAUGUUUCUGUCUGUCAUAACUGGUGUUCAACAAUAUGAUGAUUUUCACAUGCAGCGAUUGUAAACAGUUAUAAUGAAAUGUAAUGAAUCGAAUAAAGUAAUUAAAGGAGAAAGCGAAUGGAAGAAAAAAGCAAACUGGAAAGCUAUAAAAAAUCUCGUUCAUGCAGUGAUUCAAGCUAUAGAGGAUCGUGAUCCUGAAGAUAUUAAACACAUUUUAAGGCGUGGGACCCAUACGGAUUAUAUCUUCCCUUCGGUGACACAUGAUCAUGUUCAACUAUCUGCUAAGGAUCUUUUCUUAGAAGUUAAUGCUACGCUACCAGAAAUUAUAAAGAUGUUAAUUGAGAACUCGCCGGCAUAUGUUCUUCACAUGCGUUGUAAGUUUAGAUGUGCCCCUUUAGAAUACGCUUGUAGAAAGAAUUCUUCAGAAGUUGUUCAAUAUCUCUUGUCAAAAGGUAGUAGUGCGGUUGUAGAAGAAUCUCAUCAAGACAGUCCUCUCUUGAAUGCUCUAUUCAAUGUUGCGGAAUAUGCAACUCCAAUUGCAACUCUGCUUUUAGAUGCUGGUGCAAACAUUAACUAUACUAAUUCAGAUAGGACAACAGCAUUGAUGAUAGCUCUAAAUGUAUCUGCUUCAGAAAGAAGACGCGCAGGAAAUGCAACUACAAGUCAAACUUAUUCAUUUACAGAUUUGUGUAUGCUUUUGAUAGAACGUGGAUGUGAUGUCAAUGCUGUUGCUAAAUCAAGUGAAACUGCUCUGGAUAUUGCAAUUGAGACAAAACAAGAAAUUUUAAUUCGAAAACUCCUUAUUUCUAGAAGUGACAUCGACAGACGAGAUAUGCAUGGUCUUACCCCAUUGCACUAUGCAUGUUUAUAUGGAAACAAAAGACUAGUUGAUUUGCUUAUAAUAUCCGGGGCCAGAUUACGGGUGCAAGACUGGGAAACUAACAUCGAGUGUUUAGGGCUAUUAAAUAAGAAAAAUAUUCAUCUAUUAAGAUAUGCUGCUUAUGAAUCAAAGCAGUGUCUUACAUUACAAAACCUGUGCAAUAUAACCAUUCGAAAAAAUCUUAGAAAUGUAGAAGAAGAUGCUAAUCAACUCGGAUUACCUCCCUUACUGAUAAAACAUGUACAACUUAAAGACUGAUGGGAAAUAUGUAAUAUGAUAUUUUAGCAUAUGCAUCAAAAGGAGACUUAUAAAUUUGUACUUUUUAUGUCAUUUCUAUUUUGUAUAAAUUUCUAAGACAUAAAAAUUAAUGAAAAUGAAUAAAAUCGCAAGUAUUCAUUUGCGUUUUCCCACAAAA